AACGGCAAUUUGCUUCAAAAUGCGUCUACAAUAUCGCAACAAAAAAGCCACGCUAUGGGUGAUGGUCGCCGUUGUCGUUGUCACUAUGUUCGUCUUCAAAUUCACCGAAUUCGCACCAACUUGUUUCUUUAAGAACGACGUGACAUCACCGGAUGGAUCGCUAAUGGUGCACGAAGAGAAAUAUGUUGUGGGCGAAGAUCAAAAAGCUUACUCAUAUGGUCGCGAAAUGCCGCUUAUAUUUAUUGGCGGCGUGCCCAGAUCAGGAACGACGCUGAUGCGCGCCAUGUUGGAUGCACAUCCGGAUGUGAGAUGUGGCCAGGAGACACGUGUCAUACCACGUAUACUGCAAUUACGUUCUCACUGGAUGAAAUCGGAGAAGGAAUCGAUGCGACUGAUGGAGGCGGGCAUCACCAAAGAGGUGAUGAACAGUGCCAUAGCGCAAUUUUGUCUAGAAAUCAUCGCCAAACACGGUGAACCAGCGCCGCGACUAUGUAACAAGGACCCGCUGACACUGAAGAUGGGCUCCUACGUGAUAGAACUAUUUCCAAAUGCGAAGUUCUUGUUUAUGGUACGAGAUGGACGCGCCACAGUGCAUUCAAUCAUCUCGCGGCAUGUGACGAUAACCGGUUUCGAUUUGACCAGCUACCGGCAAUGUAUGCGGAAGUGGAACGCCGCCAUCGAAGUGAUGCACAAUCAAUGCAAGGAGAUUGGCAAGGAGCGCUGCAUGAUGGUUUAUUAUGAACAAUUAGUUUUACAUCCCGAGGAGUGGAUGCGAAAAAUAUUAAAAUUUCUGGAUGUACCAUGGAACGAUGCGGUGCUGCAUCACGAGGAAUUCAUUAACAAACCAAAUGGUGUGCCGCUGUCCAAGGUCGAGCGUUCCUCGGAUCAGGUUAUCAAGCCCGUGAAUUUAGAAGCGAUGUCCAAGUGGGUGGGUAACAUACCCGAAAAUGUGGUGCGCGAUAUGGCCGAUAUUGCGCCAAUGUUGUCUAUUCUGGGGUAUGAUCCCUAUGCGAAUCCGCCGGAUUAUGGUAAGCCAGAUGCUUGGGUACAGGACAAUACGUUUAAGGUAAAGGCCAACCAGCAACAAUGGGAAAAUAAAGCGAGGAAUGAGUUGCAUCUGGUCCAGCAUCAAGUACCAAAAGAUUCCAAAUCACAAGAGGCGGACGAUAACAACAAUAAUAAUAAUAACAACAACAAUAAACAACGACGGCGUCAUACCAAUAACAACGAAAAUAACAAUAAUGACAAUGCCAACCAGGCAAUAAUGGACUAUGAAGAUGACAACGCCGACCAAAACAACAAUAACAACAAUAAUCCAUCACCACAGGAGCGCGACGAAACACAGGAUGAUAAUCUUGUGUGGGUAAGGCCGUUAAAUGGCGGCGGCAGUGUCAAUGGACAGCGAUUAGGAAAGGGUGCACACUUUAGCACCAGUAGUGAUACGGAUGCACAAGACCAGCGUACAUGAUAUCAGCCAUUUGGCGAUGUCGUGCAGCCGCAACAAAAGCAGCAACAACAACAAUCCAAAUAUCUGCAACAACACCAGCAACGGAUUGCGCUGCAACGUCGUUCGAGUUAUCGGCGUCGCUUGCGUCGAAAUCAUUGAAUCUCCCAACUGACACCAACCCACAUUUAUACACGCAUACAUACAUUUAUAGAAUACUAAUAAAUACACACACACGCACUCACACUCACAUGGACGUGCACGCAUACUGAACUAUGCUGAAUUGCGUUGAACUAAAACGAACUGAAGUGAACUGAGGUGUUGAUCCGCGGUCCAUACAGCCGCACAUCCACUGAAAAUGACAAUGACUGUGGUGACAAUCCCAUUGAGUGGAAAACGCGCAGCGGAAACGGAAGUCUACGACGGCAGUUUACAAUAAAUGAGAAAUAAACGUAACUUUCAAUUGAAUGGUUUGUUGGAAUAACAAAAGCAAUGGAAUGACAGCUAAAAUGGCAAAAAGCAAAAACAAAUAAAAACAGACUAUAUAAAAAAUAGUGGAAGUGAUGUAAGGUGCGAAAAAUAGGAGAAAAAAGAAAAUAGGAAAUACAAACUCAAUCAAAUCCCACUGUGUAUGUGUGCGUUUGUGUAUGCAAAUGAACUGAAAAGCAUGAAUAAGGACAACAAAUAAUAAAAUAAUAAAAGUAAGAGAAAACUGUCAAACUAACUGUUGUGAAUGGGAUUAGCUGUGGCCUGCCCUCGAAUUUUAAUUGACCGAACUGCAUUAAAUGCCCAACUAAGUAACUAAAACUAAGCGACAAACCGACCGACCAACAAGCAACCUACCAAUAAAAUAAGUACAUUUUUAUUCCUUAUUUUCUUCUUAAUAUAAUUAGCUCGCAGAAAAGAGGUCUUUUGUUUGAUGGGGAAUGAUAUCUAAGUCCAAUUUUUCUGUAAAAUAGAAUUUAAUUUAAUGAAACAAAAACUAGAAAUGAUGUGUAGGAUGUUUGAAAUCAAAUAUAAUAAAAAGUA